GCUGCACCUGUCCUAUAACCAGCCAUGAUGCUCCAGACUGCUGUGCUCAGUGUCCUCUUCUGCUCUGUCCACAGUUUUACCUUACAGGCUUCCUUUGAAAAUAAAGAGGAGUCCUCUGGCAACACCAUUGAGGACGAUGCUUUAAGUGUCUCCACGCUGAUAGAGAAGGCCAACAUCAAUGUUGGAAAGAACUUUGAUGACCCCCUGGUGAUGUUUGGAGACAUAGCAGUGCCAACCGGUCUAGAGAAUGCUGAUCCCUGCACAAGAAGAGGAUGCCUGUGGCCUAGAUCCACUGAUGGCAACGUCUACGUACCCUACCGCAUCUCCAACCAGUACUCCCAAAGAGAGAGAGAUACCAUUAUCCGAGGCCUGCGUUCCUUUGCUGCGUCAACCUGCAUCCGAUUCACCCCUUUGAACAGAGAAAGAGACUUUGUGGACAUCCAGUCUCGCCAAGGGUGUUUCUCAUAUAUUGGGCGUCGUGGAAGAGGCCAGGUAGUGUCUUUGAUGCGGCAGGGUUGUGUUUUCCUGGGGACCAUCCAACACGAGCUGCUCCAUGCCCUGGGCUUCAACCAUGAACAGACACGGUCCGACAGGGAUCAGCACGUUCGAAUCCUCCUGGAGAACGUUCAGCCUGGAAUGGAGGGGAACUUCAGGAAGAUCAACACCAUUAAUCUUAACACGCCCUAUGACUACAACUCCGUCAUGCACUAUUCAAGGUUUGCGUUCUCUAGGAACAGGCAGCCAACCAUCGUCCCCAUCCCCGACGACAAUGUAAGCAUUGGUAGGGCCCAACAGAUGAGUCCAACUGACAUCCUUCGGGUGAACCGCCUCUACUGCAAUUCAACUGCUUCCAGACCUCGCCUGGAUCCGGUGCAAAGAAACCAUUUUGUCUAAAUCAAAGAAGCCAAAAGGAAUUGAUGCAAUGGUUUCUCUACAAGCAAAACCUGAAAUGCAUCUUAUGCUUAAUGAAUGUGCUUUGAUUCAGAAUAUGAUUAAAUGAGCUUGCUAUCCUAAUUAGAAAUGAAAUGUGCCUCAUUGUGAAUGUACAGUACCAGUCAAAAGUUUGGACACACCUUCUCAUUUAAUGCAAUCCAAAUGAAUCCAAAAUAUAAAACCUAUUCUUGUUUGUUUAACACUUUUUACAACAUCAUUUCAUAUUUGUUCUUUCAUAGUUUUGAUGUCCUCGUUAUUAGUAUUAAUCUACAAUGUUGAAAAAGAAAUAACAUUGAAUGAGAAGGUGUGUCCAAAGAUUUCACUGGUACUUCAUACUUACAUGAAUAAUGGCUUUUGAGUUUGAUUG